ACUUCAUCGUCAGAGCAUGAUUGGAGAAGCAGUAAAGGCACUCCGACCAGUAAGCCUCAUCAACAAAUUUGGGAGACGCAUAAAGACCAUGACCGACGCCUCAAUGGCUGCAAGACUUCGCGCGUUCAGCAAGCUCGUACCUGAGCUUGAAAGCGGCCUGAAGGCCUUCCAGAGCUCAGAGGCGAAGUUCCGAGUACUCAAGACCAUAACUCCAUCACAUGAGGAAGCGCAGAGUCCAUCUUUGCCAACUGCCGACCAGUCGCCAAAGACGCUGUUUAUCCUAGAUUCUUCCUUCAACCCGCCAUCGAUCGCCCACAGAACACUUGCGCAAUCCGCAUUGGAGCGAGCUUCUUCUGCCCAACAUGCCAAGCCUCAUCGUCUACUACUACUCUUUGCAAUCAUGAACGCAGACAAGGCUCCUUCGCCUGCUUCCUUCGAACAACGCCUCGCUCUAAUGACAGUCUUUGCGCGGGAUCUACAAGACUCUUUUCAGCAAGAACCCGACAAAUACGACACAUUAGCUAUUGAUAUCGGCGUCACAAAGCUUCCGUACUACACAGACAAGUCGAAGGCGAUUGAGACAGAAGGCCAGGAAUGGUAUCCGGAUAAGCCGCAUCACACUCAUCUAGUCGGCUUUGAUACCUUGACGAGGUUCUUUGGCGCGAAGUACUACAAGGACUUUGACCCGCCUUUCGCGGCUCUGAAUCCGUACUUUGAUGCUGGGCAUCGACUACGAGUCACACUACGCCCUGAUGAUGAUUACGGUACGGUUGAGGAGCAGAAGGCCUUUGCGAAGAAGCUUGAGCACGGAGAAAUGGCAAAAGAUGGCGGAAAGCCAGAAUGGGCGAAGCAAGUUGAGCUCGUGGCCCCCAAUCCGAAGGCCGGAGUAAGCAGUACGAAGAUUCGGAAGGCUGCCAAAGCCAAAGAUUGGGAGACGAUCAAACAGUUGUGCACUCCUACAGUCGCAGAAUGGGUCCAGCAACAGGAGCUAUACCGGGACGAUGACAGAGGAGCAAAGAUGGCAUGA